ACGAUAUAAGCCAUAACAGCCGCAUUACGGUCGAGACAGUUAGCAUGGAUUGUUUGGCCUUUAUAGCUUUUCGGUUGAUAGUGGUAUGGAUUUCCUUCAUACAGAUAACUUAGACAAAAUAACAACAACAUGGCCCUUUUUGGACGUUCUGAAAGCAUAGAAGAUAACAAAGACCUAUAAAUAACAAAGAUUAUCUGUCUUCAGAUACUACUAGCAGCAUGUACACGAUAUAAGCCAUAACAGCCGCAUUACGGUCGAGACAGUUAGCAUGGAUUGUUUGGCCUUUAUAGCUUUUCGGUUGAUAGUGGUAUGGAUUUCAUUCAUACCGGGCAGUAUCCAUGGUGCAGACAGCCAAGGCUUUGAACGCCACCCUCCGCGGCUAUUUCAGUGACACUCGACAUCACGUGACAAACUCCACCUACAAGAAGAGAGCAAGAGACUUCAUCGUUAGCCAGUUCCAGGAGUUCGGUCUGCAACCACAGGAGCACAAGUUUGUUGUUAAUCAAUACGAGUUCUACAACAUUAUUGGGAUCCUUAACGGGACUCGAGUCGGGACGGUCGAUGACAAACUGGUCGGAGUAGGCACCCAUUAUGACACAGUUGCCGACACAAAAGGUGUCGACGACAAUGGCUCGGGCAUGGCGGCCAUGCUGUAUGUUGCUAAGCAACUUACAGACGAGAAUAAACGAGGCGUGAAACGCAACAACACGGUGCUAUUUAUAGCCUUCGAUCAUGAAGAAGCUGGCCUCAUCGGAAGCAAGCAGAUUAUAAGCGGUUGGCUGAACCCGUGGCUGGCACGGACGUACGGAACGGCGGCACGACAACUUGUACCGUACGGCAUGAUCGUCUUGGACACGAUCAUGGGCUACAACCUGACCGCCAACUCACAGAGUAUACCAUCACCGCAGGCCAUCGAAUCGACGUUCCAAACGGUCUACCGCAAUGUUCAGUCCGAUAAUAGACGUGGCGAUUUCCUUCUAAAUAUCUACAGAAAAGAUGCGGAUAGAGCGCUCGGUGAAGCCUUUACCAGGGCAUGGCAAGCGCUGAGCCAUCCGAGGUUUGAACUCGAAGUGUUCCCACUGCCUAUUUCUAGUCUGACGCAGCUGAUGGAGCCCUAUCUGACCUUCUACCAACCCUUCCUGCGCAGUGAUCAUAGGAAUCUCUGGCUCGAUAACAUUCCGGCUAUUUUCCUCACAGAUUCGGCGGACUACCGCGGCGCUAUGCAGGUAUGCUACCACAGUCAGUGUGACAAUGUCGAAACCAUGCUGACCGAGGACAACCUGAUGUUUCUCUCCAAGACAACGGACGCCAUUUAUCAAACCAUAAACAGCCUUUCCGAACCCUCCGAGCCAGCCACCAGUGGGUGCCACCUCAUAACGUCACUUUGGUACCUGAUUGUUGUUCUUGUGGUCACAAUUGCAGCUAGAUAUUUCAUACUGUUUCAGUAAUGUUUGCUGUCACAAAGAUAUGUGUCUUUUAUUAAAAGCCCAAAUUUCCGUAUAAGUGUUUGAAUGGCGCUGAUUAGCAGGUUUAUAUGAAAUUAAAAUAACCAGGAAAUUAUUUAAAAUCAUAAAUGCAUUCCACAGAAACUCAUUACAUUAUCAUGUAUGUGUGUAUACUCACCAGUCUUAAUUUUUAUAUAGUUUUUCCCCUAUAAAACCUUCGAUUAACAUUGAAUUAACCACUGUUUUAAUAUAUUUUGUCUUUAUGUCCCCUUCGAAGAAGGCGUCAUAUAUAUAUAUAGCAAUUGCACUUUUCAUCUAUUGGUCUGUGCGUGUGUCCGGUGUUCCUUUCGACCCCCGUUUCCCUACUUCAAAGAUCAAUGUAAAACUUAAAGGUCAAAUGCGGUAAAAACAUGAAAAUUACUGUCGAAUCAAAAACUUUGAAAUAUAUUUAUGACUUUAAAAAUAACUAGGCACACGAAAAAAGAUUCCAAGACGCCGUGGUCUCAUUAAACUUCCGUCUCUCUGUCGCAAAAGUCAAGGUCACGGUUAAAAGCCAUGUCAAAUUCGGUAAUAAAACAGCUUCGCAAUUCCUGCCUCAGUCAUAAUGUUGCAAUUGCAUAAAUGAGUUAUUUAAAAAUGGCACAAAUUUACACCAUCAUAUUAAGACGUUUCGCGGAUAACACGCCUUUCUACCUGAAAGGUCAACGUUACAAGUUCAAAAGUAAAACUUGAUAAUUCUAGCCUCAGACAUAAUUUUGCCAUUCAUUGAUGGUUUGUUUAGUAACAAAUGCAAACCACCAUGAGGCGACUUGACACAUGUUAAAACCUUCUCUCUUAAACAAAGGUCAAGGUCACAUAUUGAGUUCAAUGUUUGAAAACACAUUGGAAUGGGGGGGGGGCAUCUGUGUCCUACUGAUUUAUGUCUUUAUUUUUAUAUUGAGUUUACGAGGUGUCAGGGUAAAUUUUGAUAUACAUUUCCACUGUUUUGUGCAGUUAAGUACACUAUCUUUUGGUGUCAAACAAAUCUCAGCGUUAAUUCACUGCUUUCAUUUAAUUCAUACGCUUCAAUAAAAAUAUAAAUAUUCGCCAGACUCUCUUACGGAGAUUUUAAAGUUGCUAAUACAGAGUGUUUAUGUGAAGAUUGUUUUUAUUACUUGGUAGCCUAGGACACUUGUAAUAACCAUUAUGUUAUUUAUAUUUAAAACAAACUUAUUUGCUAUACAAUAACAAGUCAUUAUAAUAAAGGUUGUAUAGAGGUUGUGAAAGACGUAGCAAUAUUAUCUGGCAACGGGUUUUUUUCGGGGGGGGGGGGGGGAUUUGGAUUUUGCCACAGCUAUACGAUAACUCUGCUAAAAUUAUUUCUGAAUACUUUCACAGUGAGGUUCCUUGUUAGAGGUAUAAAGCACUGUUAAUCAAUUACUUGUAUAAUACAUAAAUACUUUAAGCGUAUGUUCCGUACAUUGGGUACAUUGAAGCAUACUGUGGCGUCCGUCAUUACGGGGAACUCGGCCUUCAAUGUGUGUUUGCCUUGCCGUCUGUGUCCACGUUUAAAUAUUACCCUGUUUUGUGUUCUCGUGUAUUUAUUCGAUGUAUUAUAGACGUAUAACUAGACGUGUGUCAGUUUAAAUAAUAUAUUUAUUCGUUGUGUAGUUAUUAUCAAAACAGUGAAUUUUUGUCGGUUGUAAGUAUAAUAUUCUUAAUAUUAUAUAUUCUAAUAUAAACAGAUACAUGAAUGUUGCCAAUGAUAUAGGAUACUUGUUUCAUCUGCAUUUUAUGUGUAUUGAUUUUCUUUGUUCGUAAGUUAUAUAUACAAGUUCUACAAUGUUUCGUCUAUCUUUACUCGUAUGUAUCCAUUUUAAGCACAUUGGAAAUAAACCUUUUCAAACAAA